AUGGCCCCCCUCGUCUUCCUCGUAACUGGAUCUACAUCCGGCAUUGGUGCUGCUUUGGUGGACCACAUUCUCUCUCGCGGAGACAAGGUCAUUGCCAGUGGCAGAAAGGUCGAGGAGCGACUUGGCCAUCUCAAGUCUAAAUCCGACAACAUUGCUCUCUUGGAGCUUGAGGUCACUGCACCUAUCGAAGAGAUCAAGACCAAGAUUGAGACGGCAUGGAAAAUCUUCGGCCACAUUGAUGUCUUGAUGAACAAUGCUGGUAUGUCAGCCAUGACAACCAUCGAAGACGCAAGUGAUGCAUAUGUGCAAAACAUGUUCAAUGUCAACCUCUUUGGACCAGUUCACUUGACCCAGGCCAUCUUGCCCUUCUUCCGUGCUCAGGGCAAGGGUUGCGUUGCAUUCACUUCUUCCAGCUCAAGCUGGAUGGCCCUCCCGACAAUGUCCCAUUAUUCAAUGGCAAAGGCAGGCCUCAGUUCCUUCGCAGAAGGCCUUCACAAGGAGGUCAUUGGCCUGGGCAUUCGAAGUGUCGCAUUCGACUGUGGUGGCUUCAUCACCAACCUCAUGCAGCCUCGAGAGGGUGCUCACGCCAGCCCCCCUGGUGCUGAGCCCACCGACGCAUACAAGCCGCUGCUUGGAAGCGUUAUCGGCAUGUUUUCCAACGACCCUAUGGGUCUCAUGCCAGGAUCACCCGCUAGAGCCGCCUCUACCAUGAUUGACGUGAUCAAGGGAGAGGGAGUCGCGGCUGGCCGCCCAUGGGCCUCUCGAGUCAUCUUGGGCUCGGACGCACUCGAUAGCGCUAAAAAUCGACGAGAAGACGAGCUUAAGCUGCUCACGGCUUGGGCGCCUGUCAGUGCGAGCACUGAUGAGCGGAAGUAUACGCCUAGAGAUGAUCUCCGAAAGUUCACCAUGGUGACUGGUUCGGAGCAGCUUUAA